CUCGAUCGAAGAAAGACAUUUAAACAGUGCUUCCUGCCCAUUGAAAUUGAAUACACAGAUUUCACACAGCGAGCGAUCUUGUGAUCGAUAUUUAAAUUCCAAGGGCUAGAUAAAGUCGCUUACACCCGAGACAAAUUCCCCCUUAUCGAGGGAUCAUCUGCGACCAUGAAUUCAUUGUGGCUUGUCAUUUGCUAUCUGUUAGGGGCUGCGAUAAAGGGUUCUCUAGGUUACACCGGCUGUACAGAUACCUCCCUCAACUACCAGGGCUACACCUAUACCAUUGACCCGACCACCCAGCAGAAAGUCUGGUCACACUGCGGCUUCCCCAACCCCAGCUUUGACUACGCCCUCUGUGGCCUGACCUACACAAGUGGGGAACAUUUCCUUUGUGAUCCGGAUGGACUCUUAUCGUCACAGCUCGAAAUUGAUGGGAUUGAUCUGGCCCUUCGGAAUAUCCAGGCGAACACCUCCACACUCUGUAGCAGCGCUGACGGAGACUCCGAAAGUUUUACCGUGUCCAUUGCUCUCGUCAAUCGAACACGCAUCGCGGACCUAACGUCCGCCAGUCUUUGCAUCAACAAUUGUGGAGAGCUUCAACCGGUUACAAACAUUACCGCCAGUGCACUCUCAGACAGCCAGAAGACGGCCAUCGCUGAAAAUUUCGGCGACUACCUCAGAACUGGAUGGGCCUUCGGUUCAUGCGGAAAUGACGUCGUCAUUUUUUAUGCCGAGGAUUUGAACAAGGUCCAUGUUGCAGUGGGAUACAAAGCAAAUAGUCUCGUAACAUCUGACGUCAUAGAUUACAUCAAAACGACAUUUGUGUCCUAUAAAAACAACGGGAGAUUGGCGGAAGGCCUUCUUGUGAUCGCUGAGAAGCUGCGCACAACUCUGCGCGGAGUGACGCCUGCGCACAUCCUUCUGAUCCUGAACAUGAUUGUGGUAGUUUUGACAGCCGCUUUUCUAAUUUUUUUCCUCCAUCUCCGAUCCGUUGAAUUCAACGUCUGGGGUCGUGAAGGAUUUUGGAAGAUUCCGGAAUAUUUCUUCUACCUGAUUUCCGGAGUAUGGAUGAUCAACGGUCUUUUGUUUGGCGUAAUUUACAUGUCUAACAAAGCGCCAUAUUGGGCCACCUUCUUCUCUGGGAUUAUUGGAUUGGCGUGUAUUAUUAUGUACAUAUUCGAAGAGAAAAUAUUUGACACUUAUUCCAACAGUGGAUCCUACACUCUCAACAUCACAUCGUAAAGGACACGAAAUUGCAGGCAAAAACAGUGUUACGUUUUUUUUUAUUUGAUUCUAGUGCACACGUUACACUGUGCUCUGACAAACAUGUAUAAUUGACAUUAUAAAAACUAACCAAGUAACAUAAACUACGAUAGAUGGUGGAUUCAUGUCUCCUAACUAUUAUACUCCUGCAACUUAAUAUGGCCAUUACUUAUUAAAAAAUUGAUUUAUUAUUCCUUAAUUAAAGUUCUUGGAUAGUAAGCUUAUGACGUUAUUUGCAAUUAUUACUUUAAUCCGUCCAAUAUUCGUCUUUUAUGUACGGGUCAUAAAACCAUGCCUGUUUCUGUUUGACAAUGUAGAUGUUCACAUGAAGCCUUAAUUAUUGUCAUAUUUUCCUUAUUUUCUCUGUAUUUUAUCUACAGUAACUCAUCAUUACUUCGUGUUAUUUUACUACAUCUACAUAUUAUUUUUUUGAAAUCCCGUCCGAUUUUUUACUUAUCCGUAUACAACGUAGAUAUGAAAACUUCUAAAAUAACUUUUAUGAGUCGUAUUCAUCAAACAGAAUUAUAUUUUCCAACUAUACUAGUACUGUGGACUGAUUUCGUGGUUUGUUAAAAACGAAAAAUACUUGUUCGCGGGGAUGUAUUUUGGAGGAUGAUUGCCCCGAAAAGAAAUAUGUCCCUCUUGUUUAUAAAUGUUUAAUAUACCAAGUUCUUUUGGGUUUGAAUUCGCGGAUAAGUGAUAUAGCCACGAAAAAUCUACUAACAAUGACUACCACGAACAUUUCACAGUGUUAAAUACAUAUUUUUUUCAUUUGAUUUACAUAGGAUGCUGGUCAUCCGACUAUUUGUUAGACUAUUAUUAAUAAAUUAUUCAACAUCUUUA